AUCUGAUGGUGACUUACCAGUCAGUCUUUCUCUGUCUGAUUGUCAUCAUGUUCAGCCUAAACCAAGCAGCUCGGAUCUCCAUUCAGUUAUUAGUUAUGUGUCAAGUCUUUGCAGGGACUCAAGUUGACCACAGGGAUGUACUGGUGUCCAGGGGAGAGUCUGUCAUGUUCACUUGCAACAUAUCCAAAGAAAAUUCAAUGCAAAUUAGCUGGACAAAAAGCAGAACUCUUUUUGUUUAUACAGUUGUUCACAAUCUAACUUUUUCAAAUCUCACCUCUCACAGACUAAGAAUAGACCUAAAUUUACCUUUAAAUCUGAAUAUUUUUAAUGCUCAGCAUGAAGACGCAGGACUUUAUACAUGUAAUGUAGUUGGUACAGACGGUCCAAAGACAAUUGAGUGGAAUUUAACGGUGUCUAAUAAACCUGAAGAAAUCAAUUCAUCGUGGUAUUUUCUGUACAUACUCACACCUGGACUUUUUCUAUGUGGCUUCACUUCAGCUGUCUGUCUCUGCAGAAAACAUGGGUUCAGGACACCAUACCAGAACCCAGUCCAGGACCAGUUUCAUCUUCAGUCAGAAGGAGAGGUGGUCCUCCCUCAAACGCAAGAUGGCACAGACAGUAGAACAAAUAACGAGCAGAGGAGUCAGUACAUGGAGAGGCUCAAUUCAGUCUAUGGUCUCUAUUGAGUUGAAAAGUAUUUCAUCUUAGAUUUUUCAAUGUCAAAGCAGGUGCUUCAAGGGAAGGCAAUCAGAGGAACGAUUAAUACAAUAAAACCGGUGCCUUCAAUUGAACAGAUUUGGUUUUUAGCUUAUCAAAUAAGGCAAGUCGUGGCAUUUCAACCAAAGAUUGAGGGGGUCAGGAUCAUCAUUAACCGCUCCAAAUGUAGGAACGGUUAACCUGAUUUGAAGAUGAGGUAGAUUUGGUUUCUACCAUAACAGAUUCUAGUUUACUUUCCAGAAAAGUUUUCUGUUCAAGGCUUUGUAACUGUUCUCUACUCUCUACCUCCACUUUUACAAUGUUUGUUGUCAAUUUUGUUAUCUUACUUACUUACUUUUCGACCAACUGUGAGAAAUACAUUUAUAAGAUGCUGAUUUUUAGGAUUUCACUCUAAUUAACUUGUGAGAAAUUAGCAUUGGUCACAGGGUUUUUAUUCCUAAACAAAGGGUUGUCUGAUUUACGAUAAACGUCUGCUGGCAUGUAGGUGAGAGAUUUAACAUAGACCAAUCAAGAGACAGAGAAACAUCUGAUGCCACAUUCAUUUGCAUUUCCUUUCUUAGCUCAGGAAGAGUUUUUGAGUGUAUGCUAAAUACUCUGCCAUUUGUUUAUCCUUCAUCUACCAUUUGUUGGCUGCUGUUUGCUUUGUACUUGUUCUGUACUUAAGGAGAGGAAAUGCUGAGUUCGGGAGAGUAACCGUGCGUUCUCUCCGUGGCCACGUUACGUAAAGAAAUGAUUCAACACAUCUAUUUGACUCCGUAUUCUUUGGGAAGGCAUUAUUUUCCCUGACACAACAAUAGUGCAUUGAUUAUUGACAAAUGUAGAUUGAUAUUUACCUCUCAUCCACUCUGUAGGGCAAGAGCCUACAAUACUUAAAAAUCAGGCAAAAAAAUAAAACAACAACUGCGCAACAUGUUUCUGCAUCAUCAACGUAAGGCAAGGCAAGUUUAUUUGUAUAGCACAUUUCAACAACAGGGAAAUAUAAAAAAGUUUAAAAGCAACAUAGGGAAAUAAUG